CUCGCCUCUCUUUACAUCGGAAAACAACGGGAGAUUCAGAAGCAAACGAAGAGGAAAGAAAGAUGAACAACCUCAUCACUAAAUCCUUCUACAGCUAUGCCGAUCUCAAGAAGGAGGUCCUCAAGGAUCUCGAAUCCGGCGGCAGCGAGGGCGAAGCCUCCAUCGAGAUGGCGGCCGCCGGAGCCGAUGGCCACCUCUACCAAUUCUUCGAGGAGGCGGAGGUUGUGAAGGAAGAGAUGGCGUCCAUCCGCCAGCUCCUUGAGCGUCUCCAGGCCGCCAACGAGGAGAGCAAGUCGACCCACAAGCCGGAGGCCCUCCUCCGCCUCCGCGACCGGAUCAACGGCGACAUCGUCCAGGUGCUCAAGACGGCUCGCGCCAUCCGCUGUCGCCUAGAGUCCAUGGAUCGCUCCAACGCCGUUAACCGGCGGCUGUCCGGCUGCCGGGAGGGCACGCCGGUGGACCGGACCCGCACCGCCGUCACCAACGGCCUGCGGAAGAAGCUCAAGGAGAUGAUGAUGGAGUUCCAGGCGCUGCGGCAGAGAAUGAUGGCGGAGUAUCGGGAGACGGUGGAGAGGCGGUACUUCACGCUAACGGGAGAAGCAGCGUCUGAGGAGGUGAUCGAGCGGAUCAUCGCCGCCGGGGAGAGCGAGGGGAUGAUGAGGAAGGCGGUUCUGGAGCAGGGGCGGGGGACGGUUGCCGCAGCAGUGCAGGAGAUUCAGGACCGUCACGAUGCAGCGAAGGAAGUGGAGCGGAGCCUGCUGGAGCUGCAUCAGGUGUUCCUGGACAUGGCAGUGAUGGUGGAGGCGCAGGGGGAACAGAUGGACGACAUCGAGCACCACGUCGCCAAUGCCGCCCACUACGUGAAGGACGGCACCAAGGAGCUCAAGUGCGCUAAGGAGUACCAGAGGAGCAGUCGCAAGUGGCUCUGCAUCGCCAUCAUCUUCCUCCUGAUACUUGUCCUGGUGGUUGUCAUUCCCAUCGCCGCCAGUUUCAAACAUUCUUAGUUAAAUCCGACGACAAUGGAUUGGGAGAUUUCUUAAUUGGAGUUCUGUUCAAGCUCCUCUUUGAUGAUAUUCUCGCCUCUGUUUUUACUGCUCUGCUUUUAAACGUCCAAUGAUUCUAGUUCUUUAGUCCAAGUGAGAAUUACUCAGUGACAUUAUACAUGAUUCUAGUACUUUAGUCCAAGUGAGAAUUACUCAGUGACAUGAUAUGUCAUUUUAAGGACUUCAUUUAAUACAAUUAGCUUAUUGUGAUUAUCAA